AGAUAUAUAUAUCGGUAUCCUUUGUUUUCUUCCCAUUGCUCUCUUAUUUGGCAGGUCACCACUCGAUGUCAGCGCUCGUGUCGCGUGUGCUGGCGGACGCGGAAGGCGACGUGCGGCGGCGCUUCUCCCGCACAUCAGAAACCGUCUCCUCGGCGCCGUCCGCACCGCUGUCGCUGCUUUCGCCGGAAGACUGGACAGCGGUACUGCGUCCACUCGCGCCAGACACACCGUGCGACCCAGAUGCCGGUCUGGAGGAGUUGGUCCGCUACGUGCAGCUGCGCUGUGCGGAGGUGCCGAUGCGGCUGCAGAUGGAGGCAUUGCAGACGCGCCGCUACGAACACCUGCUGCGUCAGCACACACGGGAGCUGGUGACACUCAGCGAGUACGUGACACUCGUGGCGCGCGCACCGCCCACGUUCGCCGCUGCACCGCGUGGUGGUGGUGGUACCACGGCCGAUGCGUCGUCGUCGCUGGCGGACAGCGCGGCCCUCCCGAGUGACCUUCGCGUGUUGCUGGACCCCGAAGAAGUGCAGCACCGGCUGGAGCGUGCGGCGGAGCGCAUUAGUAAGUUGGAGAUGAUGCUGCGACACGACGCCGCGGCAAAGGUGCAGUGCUGCCAGCGCAUGGUGCUGCUGAGUGAGUACAUGCGUGCAUUGCUUCGUCGUGUACGGCGUGAGGUUGGCGAAGGAGUCGUGGUGGGCAGCAAACGCGCCCGGUCAGAGGAAGGAAAAAGCUAG